AUGGAUAUCGUAGUACCGCGUCAUGCGCUUUCCAUGAGCUUUACAUAUGCUGUGCUCCUCGACGUCCCCAGCAAGGACCAGCUCGACUGGUCGAGGUCUGAUUGUGCCAGCCGUUCGCCGCCAAAAUCUAUUGAAGCGUCGUGGCUACUAAUCUUCCUGGCGGAAAAGUGUAGACCUGAUCAGCACAUGGGCUGGAGACCAGAAAAGGCAUGCGGAAACAAGGAUGGUACUUACGAUCAAAUCAAAGUUCAAGACCUGCCACCUUCACAAUGCACAGGCUGGCUCGAGCUUGAUAGGCGCGUCAAUGCGAGUGAGUGUGCUAGGGAAGAGAGGCCAGUGAGGGGGGCAAAGUAUGAACUGAGUCAAGGCUACCCUUUAGUGAGUUGGAGCACACCGGGCUCAAGAGCUAAACUGGGCCUUGCACGAAAGAACCUUGUCCAUGGGCCAUACAUCGGGCGGGGGACAGCUAGCGCAGUAAAUGAGAGUGAUAAAGGGGGAAGAUGGGGGGAACCGAAGGCCAACUCCACGCACCCAAUGACUAGUGAGGAGAGAAACCACCGAACGACCGACUCCACUAGAGCUUGCCACAGCUGGGCUCGAGGAUCCCGAUCCAAUAGGCAAGUGAUAGAGGAUGUGUCUGACAGUGCGACGGAUCGGCCGCCGCCAUUGCAGAUGAAUGGCUGGUGA